AUGAUGGCAGCGAGGGACCUCAAAGUCGGGCGAUAUCGCGAGAAACUCGAGCAAAUCCGCGACUCGCUAAAGCCGUUUGUUCAAAGCCAGGAUGAACCCAUCGCGACACCAUCCUAUACAGUAUCCCUGGAUCAACAAGAACAGAUGAUCAAAUUGAUGACACAGGCCGGCACUGAUCGGGCGCUGGCCAGCCGCGCUCUCCAGAUCGUACAAUUCAAGAGCAUCACCGCGGCCAACCAACUGCUCAAUCAGCUUAGGAACCCUUCUGAUUUGCGCCAAUCGGACCGAGACCACCAAGUUUAUAACCCACAACUGCCGAACCAGUCGCUGAACAGCAUCAACUCGAGCGGCUACGGCGGCAGCUCCCUGAUGUCGACCAACAAUUUUGGGUCGACGCCGAAUUUCGGGAAUUUCGCGGGGCAGCCGUACGGGUUCGCGAGUACCAGCUACGUGGAGGAGAGUGAAUCUCCCCGCUCGGCCUCCCCGUCAGCUCAUCAGAUGGCCACGAUGCAAUCGCCCUACCAGAACCGUGCCUACCUGCCCGCACCUCCGAAGGGGAACUGCCGUUCGCACGUCCAUAUGCAAAUUCGACAACCCGAACCUGGUGAAGAAAUUCCGCGAAUACCACGGGUUGUCCCCAGCACGGCUCGAGGCCCGAUGAUAUCCAUCGAGAGGGCCCCAAAGAAGGAGACGUCAAGGGCGUGGAUGAACAUGGGAGAAGGGGAGGCGCCACGGAAGGAACCAAUUCAAUGGAUUAAGGCCACGAUGAUUGCGCCGCCCUCCGCCGCCAACCAGGUCCAUAUCAAGAUCAAUCCAUCGACCAAGGAGUCAUACGCUUACGCUACGCACUACUUGGCCCCCAGUGGUGUUAGUACGGUCACCGGCGUCCCCACCGGGAUGCAGGGCGUCCAGAACAUCCUCGUCGACCCGGACAUCAGCCGUGAACCCCACCAGAUGAAGCACUACCGCGAUAAGUUCUGCCCCCGCGGGCCCCGCAUCGAGCAUCAUGGCCAUAAAAUAGGACGAGUGUCUCCGAACCAAAUGCCGAGCACUUCCCGGGAUUACUAUCCCCCGGAGAGGAGUUCACCGUCGGGUCCGACUUGCCAUCUGUCUUCACUGCCGACAAGCGUCGAAAAACGGAUACGAGACAAGACCUUCGAAUCGGCCGUCAAACCCAUCACGCCCCAUCUCUACCGCUUCUUCAUGGAACAGCACGUCGAGCGGGUCGUCCAGGCACAUCGCGAGCGACAAAAACGGGCCAUGCAGCUACAAAAAGAAAUGGAAGCGGUGAACAUGUCGGACAUGAUGAAGGACAGCAUGUUGUCAUUUUUGAUUCAAAAGGAAAAUCGCGACAAAAAGAUGAGCACAAAAAUGUUUGAGGUGCUCAAGGAGAUUGGCGUCGGGGCAUUCGGACGGGUGGCCCUGGUGAAGAAGAAAGACACGGAGCAACAGGCCUCUCAUGUCAAAGCAGAACGCGACAUUCUCGCCGAAGCGAAUUCGCCCUGGAUUGUCAAGCUCUUCUUCUCUUUCCAGGACGAAAGGUGUCUAUAUUUCAUCAUGGAGUACGUGCCUGGCGGGGACAUGAUGGGCAUGCUGAUCACGAUGGGUAUAUUUCCGGAAAAAUUGGCGAGAUUCUACACGGCGGAGUUGACCUGCGCACUGGAGUACGUCCAUUCCCUGAAGUUUAUACAUCGCGACAUCAAGCCUGACAACAUCCUCAUCGACCGUGAGGGCCACAUCAAGCUGACCGAUUUCGGGCUGUGCACCGGGUUGCGGUGGACGCACGACCGGAGAUAUUAUGGCCCGGAAAAUGAGGAUUAUCCGUCACACAGUCGCCACGACUCGCUGACGCUGCCAGACGACCUGAAGCGAGCGCUGAAGGAGAACAGCAAGCUGCUGCCGGGCCGACUCAGUCACUACCACGGCCGCCAGCGUCACCAGGCGCUGUCCGUCGUCGGCACCGGCAACUACAUGGCCCCGGAAGUGGUUCGGAAAACGGGGCACACCCAGUUGUGCGACUGGUGGUCGGUGGGCGUAAUCCUCUACGAGAUGGUCAUCGGCCGGCCGCCGUUCAUGUCGAUGACCGACGACCCCAACGAGACGCAGAUGAAGAUCGAUCAAUGGCCCGAAUUUCUCGACCUGUCACUCCAAUGCACCCAGCAUCUCUCUCGAGAAUGUGUCCGGAUGAUCCGACAGCUUAUCAGCGAGCAGAGCGAACGUAUUGGCGGCCGGGCCGGGGCCAGCGAGCUGAUGGCGCACCCCUGGUUUAAGGGGAUCGAUUUCGCGACGCUUCGCCAGCAAAAAGCCGAGCAUGUGCCGCGCGUCGAACAUCAGGAAGAUACGCAGAAUUUCGAGACCAUCGAGUCAGCGGAAAGUCCUUUCGAGACGUUGAGCAAGGGGAAGGCGCCGGCCAACCCAGCCUUUUACGAGUUCACGUUUCGGCAUUUCUUCGACUAUGAUGGACAGGGAUGCCCAAGUCUUCGGCCGAGCAAGCGUCCCUCGCUGGCUCCACUCUUCGAAAACGGGCACAGUGGUGGAAUGUCCUCUGGCAUCGGGCACCAUUCCCCCUCGACGGCAUCUCAGCGUCCAUCGGGCCGCCCAUCCACCCAUCUACAGCAUUUCGGCGGACUCUACAAUAGCCCACUACACGAGGAUGACGAUGAUGAUAGUGGGGAGUCGUUUGUCGUC